AUGGUUCUAAUGGUGGCCGUGCGAGUGCCACCAUUAGAACUGGUCUUGGAAGACUUCAAGCGGUACUUAUUUCAGCAAGAAGGCGAUGUUGAGCAAGGUAUAUCUGAUGACCAUGAGAACUUACCGUUACUCAGUACUUCAAACACUCAACCAAAGCAUCGGCAGCAGCAACCAGCCUUCAGACGCCCGAAGCAUACCGUGUUGCAAAAGCUGAAUGUAGAACCAUUAUCAACUACAUCCACGGCUGAAUCCACGCCCGCGCUGGAAACAUCAGAGUCUUUGCCGAAAAAAUGGCGUCGGAGUGACAGACGACUGAGGAGACUCAACACUGAACUCUUAGAAGCUAUAGAUUCACUCGAUAUUGAAGAGGCCGAGAGGUUACUCAAGUCAGGAGCGAAUCCCAACGCGACCUGUCGCUUAGACAACGUAUCAGCCUGUCAUUUAGCUGCGCUAGUCGGUGGGGAUGCCCUCAGCCUCCUGAUCAAAUAUGGAGCUGAGAAGCAUCGCCUGGACAAGUAUGGCAGGACCCCGCUGCAUCUGGCUGCGUAUGCGGGCAAUGCACGGCAAAUGGCCAUUCUGCUGGGGUUAUCUGAAGAUAUUCAGUACCGCGUUGGUAGUGGUGAUAUGUCAUCAGAAGCUGAAGAAGACGUUAAGAAAACAUGUCAAAAGACGCGAGAAAUGGCAAAUGUGCGAUGCGAUUUGGGCGAGGUUACAACUGUCCUACCGAAGAAUUGGAAAGAUAACAUCGAUCAUAAUUGUUUGAGCGUUAAAGGCAGUAUACCACUUCUGCAACCUGGAUGGUCUCCUUUACACGUGGCAGUGUCUUGUGCACGACGUCAUUGUACACGUCUGUUAUUAGCAGCUGGAGCAAACCCUAACAUAUGCGAUGAGAUUGGACGUACGCCGUUUGACGUAGUGGGAUCAGCAUAUUAUUAUAAUGAAGAAAUUAACUCGGAACAUUUCACAGAAGUCAUAAAAAUGCUUUUUCGUGCCGGGGGAAGACACAAUACCAUGAAAUCUAAUGUGCUAAACGGAAUUGAUACACCUCUUCAUGUUGCCGUUGAACUGCAAAAUAUAGAAAGCAUUAAGGAUCUAAUUAGUAACGGAGCAUCUGUUAAUUGUUUGAAUAAUGAUGGUCUAACUCCUUUGCAUCUAUGCGUCAAAAGACGAUUUGAAGAACCUUUAAAGAUAUUAGCUAACUAUCCUUACAUCGAUGCCGAUCCACUCUCAGCUCUAGUAGAUGUAAAAGACAAAGACGGUCACACAGUGUUACAGAGUGCUGUAGAAGACGCUUGGGUGCCUGGUGUCUGCAUUGCUUUAGAAGCUGGCGCAGAUGUCACUCUCAGAGCAAAUGAUGGCGAGACCCCACUCCACUCCGCUGCUGAUUUAGGCAAUCUAGACGUACUAAUGGAAAUUCUUAGCGUAGCAAAAAAACAAAACAUUCUCGACUGUCAAAAUGAAGAAGGCCAAACUGCUUUGUUCAAAGCAAUCAUGAACGGACAUAUAGAAUGUGUUAAUGCUCUCCUUGAAGAAGGAGCCUCAAUCAAAAUACAAUUACCGGGCAAUGUUAAUGUGCUACACAUUGCAACAGAAUAUAAUCAUGUUGAAAUAUUGAGAUUAUUAUUAGAAUAUAACGGGGGCGAGGCAAUAAAUAUGAUAAAUUUAUUAACAGCGGGGGAUAGAAGAGGUUUUGGCCCGGUUCACUUUGCAGUUGCAAACAAUAGCGUACCUUGUUUUGAAUUAUUGUUAUCUAAAAACGCAGACAUUCGAUUAAGAACUACAAGUAGUCCGCAUUCCUCAUCGACACCAUUACAUCUAGCUGCAACGAAAAAUUUUAUAGACGUGGCAAAUUUUAUAGUUAAAUAUGAUAAAACAACUAUUUUUGAAGUAAACUGUAAGGGAUGGUAUCCUCUCCAUACUGCAAGCCACCAUGGGAGUAGAGACGUUAUAGUUUUACUACUCCAAGAAGGAGCAGAUUUAUCAGGAUAUACUACCGGCCCUAAAAAAUACAGACGUACAGCUAUUGAUAUGAUUUUAAAUAAUUUAUCAAAGCCAACAGAAUUUAUGGAGCAAGUUUUUGACUCGUAUAUCAGUUCAAAUUCCCAAAACUUCCAAGAAGCGAGCUGUGAAAUCAUCGUAGAUUACAGAAUAUUAAUGCCUACAACUUGUGAAAUGAAACAGAUGAAAGUUGUCGAAGCUCUCCUUAAAACGGGAAAUAGAUAUGGCCAGAGAAGGUUAUUACUUCACCCGCUUUUAGAAAGUUUCCUCUAUUUAAAAUGGAAAGCUCUAUUGCCAUUUUUCUACAUAAUGAUUGCAGUAUAUGCCUUUUAUGUCGCCUCACUCACCACUUUUUCGAUUUCCAUUUUCUUCUAUAAGGACACGAAUCAACCGCCACCUGAAUUUCUUGAUCCAAAUAUAUGGGCUAAUAUUUUAUUUGUUUCAGUUUGCAUGAUAAUAUUGCAGGAAUUGCUAUACAUCAACAAAAAAAGCACGAGAUAUCUUAACAACGUGGAAACUUGGAAUAAAUUUGGUUCCAUAAUUCUCGGUUUUAUUCUUCCUAUGGCAAUUAUUUUUGCUCAUGGUGCUGACUGGCCAAGGCAUAUUGCGACUUUGGCAUUACUUUUAUCUUGGAUACAAAUGAUGUUUUUGCUCUCAAGAUUUCCGAAUUGGGGCUACUAUGUCCUCAUGUUUGGAAAGGUCGCAGGGAAUGUCAUAAAGAUUCUUUUGACUUUCGCCUUCUUGGUGAUCGGAUUUUCAUUGAGUUUCAUGAUACAGUUCCGUUCGCAAAUACCUUUUGAAAGUCCAUGGGCAGCCUUCGUCAAGACAGUGGUAAUGAUGACAUCAGAAUUCGAUUACGAGGCCUUAUUUGAUAAAGAACAUUCAGAAACAUUAGCAACAUCCUUUAUAAUAGUCCGCUUAAUCUUUUUGGUAUUUCUUAUAUUAGCUGCUAUUGUUCUCAUGAAUUUAAUGGUCGGUGUGGCGGUCAGUGAUAUAAAUGACCUAGAAAUACAAGGAAACAUUAAUAGGUUAGCAAAACAAGUAGAUUUUCUUUCAACUCUAGACAAUUUAGUAUACAACAAAUUCUUUAGUUUUGUUUUACCUAAACGAUUAAACGAGAAAAUAAGACAGAGAAGACGAGUUAUGAAUAUGUUCACUAUACGUCCUGGUGAGCCGAGGUGGAAAUAUUAUAAGACCCUACCUUCAUAUCUGAAAGAUUCUAUAUUAAAUAUGGCGCAGAAACAGAAGAAAAUCAAAGAGCAAGAAACUAAUUUGGAAGAGUUUAAAAAUAAGAUAAACGAAAUGCACGAAGCAAUCACUAAGCUUGACAUGAAACAAAACGAACAAAUUUAUACUGUAAAAUCGGAGAAACCGCCUAAAAUGAAGUUAGACGAGGUCCUGAAGAGACUAGAUAAUUUAGACGAAGGUUUAGAUAAAGUUAAGGAACAAGUGACUAAUUACACGGAGGAAUCAAAACGUCCCAUUGAAGAAAUGACAAUGAAAGUAGAUCAACUCUCUUUCGAAAUACAAAAUAUUAAAUUGUUUUUGUGUCGACUAGAAAGCAAACUUGACAGAUAA